AUGGAGGUGGAGGUGGAGGUGGAGGAGGAGGAGAAGGGAGAGAGGGAAAGGAGGCAGCUGCAGAGGUGGCGGUGGGCAACGGAAGUGACCGAGGCAAUGGUGGAUGAGGUGAGAGCAGUAAUUGGUUAUAGAGGGUGGAUUCUGAGCAAAAUGUUGCCUGCAACAACACAAGAUAAUACAAAGGAUAAUGCCAUGUCGAGUUGCACCAGCAGCAAGGGCAUCGACAUGAAGAAAGUACUACGGCUGCUUCCUAUACGGUCUACUUGUUUAACGUACACAAUUGCCUGGGCAAAAGCUCGCACAUUAUUCACCAAGCAAGUAACUACUGUGGACAAAUCAAUAGGGCAUAGCUUCCAACUCCCAUCGGCUUCAAUAAGGAUGUUCAUUCCAAUCUCAAACACUCUAGUUGAGAAAAGAAGACUUGAAAUUGCUCGAAAUUAUGGUCUCAUUGGUGUCCCAAAUGCAAAGGUUCCUAUGAGCUUUUGGUGGCUGGUUCCUCAGAAUGCUUUUUCUUCACUAGCAUAUGCGUUCACCCAAAUGGGAUUGCAGGAGUCUUUCUAUGAUCAGGUGCCUACUGAAUUUAGAAGUCUGAGGCCCUCUCUAUCAUAUGGUGCAGUAGGCGUGGGGAAUUUCCUGAGCAGUUUUCUCAUUUAUCUUAUUGAUAAAACUACAAGUCGAUUUUGCACAAAUAGGUAG